AUGAAAGUUAAAACAAUAAGUCGGUCAUCUGAUAAUUAUGUACCAGUUAGAAAUACUCAAGAAUCAUCAUUACCUAGAAAUUUAAAUCCUGCGUUACAUCCAUUUGAAAGAGCAAGAGAAUAUACUAGAGCAUUACAAGCUACUAAAUUAGAAAGAAUGUUUGCACAGCCAUUUAUAGGUCAGCUUGGUGAUGGUCAUAGAGAUGGAGUAUAUACAUUAUCCAAAAAUUUUAAAAACCUAUCACAAUUUGCAAGUGGUUCCGGUGAUGGUGUUAUAAAAUAUUGGGAUCUUGUAAGUCGUGAUGAAAUUAUAAGUUUUAAAGCACAUCAUGGUAUGAUUUCUGGAUUAUGCUUGACUCCUCAAAAUCAAAUGUUGAGUUGUGGUAAUGAUAAAUAUAUUAAAUUAUGGUCAGUAGAUACUGAUGAUUUUGAAAAUAAUAUAAAUGAUAAUGAAAUCUAUGAAAGUAAAAAUAAUGGACUUAUUAAAACAUUUAUUGGAGAGCAUUCAUUUUCUAGUAUUGAUUAUCAUCACGAUAAUAAAGAUUUGUUUGUUACCGGAGGUGCUCAAAUUCAAUUAUGGGACAUAAAUCGAUCAAAAUAUAUUUCAAAUUUAUCAUGGGAUAUAAAUAAUGUAUCAAAAGUUAAAUUUAAUAGAACUGAAACUAAUAUAAUAGCAAGUUUAAGUGGUGGGAGCGAAAAUAAUAUAAUAUUAUAUGAUUUAAGAACAAAUACACCAAUUCAAAAAUGUAUAACCAAUUUGAAAAACAAUUGUAUCUGUUGGAAUCCAAUGGAAUCAUUCAAUUUUGUCACUGGUAAUGAAGAUCAUAAUGCUUAUUUAUGGGAUAUGAGAAAAUUAAAAAAAUCGUUGAAUAUAUAUAAAGAUCAUGUUGGUGCAAUUAUGGAUAUUGAUAUAAGUCCAACUGGUCAAGAAUUAAUAACAGGUUCAUAUGAUAAAACAUUAAGAAUUUAUAAUAUAAAUGAAGGUCAUUCAAAGGAUAUAUACCACACGAAGAGAAUGCAAAAAAUAUUUUGUUGUUCUUAUUCAAUGGAUUCAAAAUAUAUUUUAACAGGUUCAGAAGAUACAAAUAUUAGAAUUUGGAGAUCAAAUGCAUCUUCAAGAUCUGCAAUUAAAUCAUCAAAACAAAGAUCUAAAUUAGAAUAUGAUGAAAAAUUAAAAGAAAAAUUUAAAUAUAUGCCUGAAAUAAGAAGAAUUUCAAAACAUAGACAUGUUCCAAAAGUGGUUAGGCAAGCUCAAGAAAUUAAAAGAAUUGAAAUUGAUAGUUUGAAAAGAAGACAAAAUAAUAAUAAAAGAUAUAAUAAAGAUUUACCUAAUUUAUCUGAAAGAGAAAAACAUAUUAGAGGUUUAGCAAUAAAGGAUAAAGAUGAGGAAUAG